UUCUUCUUCUGUGUCAAUUAGCUGUUAGCCUCUAUUUGCUUCAGUCCCUCCUUUGACGCUUUCUUGUCACUCUUUCAUAUUUUCUUACACUGCACGAUGUGGGCCACCCGCAACCACUGCCAUGGCCUCCUUGGUGGCCUCGCCAUCCUCACCAAGUUGGUUGAUGCUUCUGGUCUCGCAAUGUUCCCCCAAGGUUCCCUUUCGAGCGCGGGACUAUCGUCCGUCUGCGAGGCCACUCUCUACCAAUCCAUCAACUGCGCCGAUGAGACUGCAGACCUGGCGGCUAAUGGAUAUCUCGACAGUGAUGAUCCAGCCGUGACCAAGCUAGUGUGCCGCUCGACCUGUGGAAGUGCUAUUGGACACAUGCGCACAAAGGUUGCUUCAGCUUGCGGUACUGAAGAGAUGGUCCCUGGUAUGUCUUAUGUCCACAUGGUUGAUAAGCUCUGGGGCAGUUGGAACCAGACUUGCUUCACCGACCCCAAGACAGGAGAGUUUUGUCAUGACGUCAUUGCCGCGUUUCCAGAGGUCGACGAUGUCUCUAAACUGUCAAAGUCUGACUUGUGUUCUUACUGUAACGUUGAGCAGUACAAGAUCAUGCAAGCUGACGCUUACAGUGGAGCUUACGAUGAGUACGCGCAGUCUAACUAUAAGUACGUUGCGAAGGCCUGUGACCUGAAGGUGGACAACUUCAACCCCACAGAUAGUGCAUUUAAUGUUACGAACCCCGAUGCCAGCAGCGAGGUUUGUGUGUCUGGUAAGAUAUACGGAGCCAAAGCUGGUGAUAGCUGCGACUCAAUCGCGCUAUCUCAGGGAGUGUCAGCGGCGACCAUGUAUUACAUCAACUCCAACAUCUUCGAUUGUACUAAGAUCGCUGUUGGGACCAGCCUCUGCCUUCCGCUCACCUGCACCAAGAUUUACCGGGUACAGAAGGGUGAUACCUGUCUCGACAUCGCCUUGAACAACGGUAUUAUGAGCGACCAGCUUCUGUCAUACAAUUCGCAGCUCAACUGGAACUGCACCAAUUUACACGAUGCGGAUCCCUACUGGGGUAGUACCUUGUGUGUUUCGACACCUGGGGGUAUAUAUGCUGGGCAGCCACUUAAUAACAACACUGCGAACACUGACCCUCAACGCAUUGAUCCCCCUGCUGGUGCGACCGUUGCCAAUGGCACUACCUUGGAGUGUAGCCAUUGGCUCACAUACGAUGGUGGCCUCAGCUGUACGCAGAUUUGUCUUGCAAAUGAUGUUGCCAUCAACCUGUUUACUGAGAUCAACCCAUCUCUGAACAAGACCACUUGUGACGAAGAUUUGAAAGCCGGCAAUGCUUACUGCGUUAAGCCUAUUACUGGAUGGGAUCUACCUGCCUUUACUAAGACUGCUACCGGCCAAGCGACGGCCACCAAGUCUGCCUCCCCUUCAGGCACCAAAUCCACUGCUGCUACUGCUUCGGCACCGCAGACUUCGACCAGCGAAAAGGUACCGAGCCCUACGCAACCUGGUAUCGUCGAUAGUUGCAACCAGUGGCAUUACGUUGAUAAUGGCGACGGGUGCUAUUCUAUCGCUGAGACGUACCAUAUCAAUUUAGCAGACUUUUACAAAUGGAAUUCCAAGGUUGGCAAUGACUGUUCUGGUCUCUGGCUGCACUACUAUGUCUGUGUUGGAGUUGCAUCCUGAUUUAGAUGCAGUGCUUAAGGGCGUGGAUCCGUUAGUGGGCGGCUGGGUGGACGGCUUUUGGCGGGGCGUGUAAUUAGUUAGACAUUACUCCGUACUGUGUGUGCGUGCUCCGUAAUAAUUUGAGCUUGAGGUGGGCUCUGCUCUGAC